AAAUUUUAACAUAUAUAAAACUACUCCAAAUGUUUUGCCUGAUUCUUGAAGUAUACAAAAGGUUUUCUCUAUAUUAAGGCUGGGAUUUUGCACUUCUUUUUGUAUUAUAAAAAACACCACUAAACCAAAGUUAAAUAUUUUAAUUACCCCCUUAUUUACACUAAAAAAGACUCUUCAACCCCCAUGAAAAUCAUAUUUUCCUUCUUCUUCAUUUGCCUAUCAUGUUUAUUGGUGAAUUCUGAGUCCAUUAGCCGUUCUGAUUUUCCAGGGGGAUUCAUCUUUGGAACUGCUUCUUCAGCUUAUCAGUUUGAAGGUGCUGUGGAGGAAGGAAACAAGGGAAUUAGCAUAUGGGAUACUUUCAUCAAAAGACCAGGAAGAAUACUGGACUUCAGCAAUGCAAACACAGCGGUUGAUCAAUAUCAUCGUUUUGAGAGUGACAUAGACUUGAUGAAGAAUAUAGGAAUGGAUGCCUAUAGAUUUUCAAUUUCUUGGACACGAAUUUUCCCUAAUGGAACAGGGAUACCAAAUCCAGAAGGAAUUGAAUACUACAACAAUCUCAUAGAUGCCUUACUAGAAAAAGGAAUUCAACCUUAUGUAACUUUAUUUCACUGGGAUCUACCACAAAAGCUUGAAGAUUCUUACGAGGGAUUUUUGAGCAAUCGAAUAAUAAAGGAAUUUGAACGAUAUGCUAUUACCUGUUUCGAAGCAUUUGGAGAUAGAGUGAAGCAUUGGAUCACCUUUAACGAGCCUCACGGUUUUACAAUUCAAGGUUAUGACUUUGGAAUUCAAGCUCCAGGAAGGUGCUCUAUUCUUUUGCACUUGUUCUGCAGGAAAGGAAAUUCGUCUGUUGAGCCAUAUAUCGUAGCACAUAACAUUCUGUUGUCUCAUGCUGCUGCAUAUCAUGCUUACCACAAAAUGUUCAAGGCUAGUCAACGCGGCAAAGUUGGGAUAGCAUUAGAUUCAAAAUGGUACGAGCCACGUUCAGAUUGUAAAGAGGACAGAGCUGCUGCAAGUAGAGCAAUGGAUUUUGGACUUGGCUGGUUCCUUGAUCCACUACUACUUGGGAAUUAUCCUCUUUCAAUGCAGAAGUUGGUGGCUGAAAGACUGCCCAAGAUCACUCCCUAUGAGGCAAAACUAAUAAAGGGAUCUAUUGAUUUCCUUGGGAUCAAUCACUAUACAACGUUAUAUGCACGAAACGAUAGAGCAAGGAUCAUGAAGUUCAUGUUUCACAAUGCUUACUCCGACUCUGCUGUAGUAACUACUCCUUACAGACGCGGAGUCGCAAUAGGAGAAAAGGUAAACCUGAUUAGUUGUUUCAUACGUCUAUAUUUGAGAACUGCUGAUCGUUGUCCUAAAGAUCAUAUCUUCCCCCAGGCUGCAUCUGGUUGGCUACGUAUCGUUCCUUGGGGCAUUCGUAAGUUGAUGAAUCACAUCAAAGAUAAAUAUGGAAACCCGUUGGUGAUGAUUACUGAAAACGGUAUGGAUGAACCUAACAAAUCACAUAUAGCGUUAAACGAUGCUUUACAAGAUGAAAGGAGAAUAACUUACCACAGAGACUAUCUUUCGAAUCUCUCUGCUGCAAUAAGGGAAGACAACUGCAACAUCAAAGGCUACUUUGUUUGGUCACUACUUGAUAACUGGGAAUGGAACUCAGGUUAUACUGUAAGGUUUGGACUAUACCAUGUAGACUUCAAGAACAAUCUCACAAGGACACCAAAAUCCUCUGCUAAGUGGUUCAAAAGCAUGCUGACAACGGAAAGAUAUCUGGACGCGUUAUUAUGAAAUGUGUUUUUCAUUUGAUUCCAACAAUGCUAGAAGCAAAUGAAGAUGAUACUGUAGAGUUUGAACUGUGUGCAAUAGCAUCAUUGUUUGCUGAAAAGUGCAACUUCACUCUUAUAUACCAUAAAGAAGCUGAAUGCAAAAUUCAACUUUUGAGAUGAGAAAGCUAAGAAACAAAAACAGAAACAUUGUCUAUAAUGAUUUUAUUUUUAUUUACAAGCAACUUCCACAA